UUCUUCUGUUCCAUCAUUCUCUUCUCACCCCUCCCUGCAGAUGAGGCUGAUGACAAUAACUACUACUACGAUGCAGAACUGAAGCAGGACACCAACCCCCUGCAGCAUCUCUGGGAGGGAAUUAGCUGGCUUGAGACAUCUUUAGAUGACUCCCUUUCCUUGGAAGACCCGUGCUUCUCCAACCCCUGCAAGAAUGGUGGUACAUGUGAAGCCAAAGGAAGUGGCUUCAGCUGUCGCUGCCCCGAGCCAUACGGUGGGACUACAUGUGAAAAAGUGGAGGACAUGUGUCUGGAGAAGAACUGCCACUUUGGAGACUGUCUGAUUACAUUAACCCCACCCUACUCUAAGUGCAGCUGCAAGCCUCCCUACAAGACACCCUCCUGCCAGCGUGCAUCCAAACAGUGCAGUCCAAACCCUUGCAAAAAUGGAGGCACCUGCAUACGGAACAGAUACAGAUCAAAAUUCACCUGCGAGUGCCCCAAACCUUUCAGAGGGAGAUUCUGCGAGAUCGGACCAUAUGAUUGCUAUGAAGAGGACUCCUCCACAUAUAGAGGAAGAGUGAACCAAGCAGAAAAUGGCAUGACCUGCCUGCACUGGAAUUCCCACCAUCUCUUGGACCAACCUUUCAAUGCCUUUAUGGAGGAUGCUGACUCGCAUGGCAUUGGUGAACACAACUUCUGCAGGAAUCCUGACGAGGAUGAAAAACCCUGGUGCUACAUCAGGAAAAAUAAGGAAGUGGAUUGGGAAUAUUGUGAUGUUUCACCCUGCUCAGAGAUCCCAACAGAACCUCCUACAGACCCCUCUGAAACAUUCCAAACAUGUGGACAACCAGAAGUUCGUAGGACACUCAAGAAGAUCUAUGGUGGAUCCAAGGCUACACCUGGGAAACAUCCCUGGAUGGCAUUUCUGAAGAUUCAGGCUCAAGAUGGGCAUAACUAUAUCUGUGGUGGAGUGCUAAUUAAAUCAUGCUGGGUUCUUACUGCUGCACAUUGCGUUGAAAAACCAGUAAAAAAGAUCCAAGUAUUCCUUGGAAAGCAAAACCUCGAGAUGAAAGAAGAUCAUGAGCAAAUAUUUGAUGCAGUGGGAAUAAUUUUACAUGGCGAAUACAAAGACAGGGGUGUCCUAUACAAUGAUAUUGCACUACUUAAACUGCAGCCUGUGGAUGGUAACUGUGCAGUAGAAACAAAAUAUGUGAAAACAGCAUGUCUCCCUGACUUCUUCCUUCCUGCUGGGACUUCCUGCUUCAUUUCUGGAUGGGGCAGGACAGAGAAAGGUGACAUAUCCUAUCAGUUGUUAGAUGCCAAUGUCAAGCUGAUUUCGCAGAGGAAAUGCAAUGAACCUGGACUACAUGAUAACAAGCUGGAUGACAGCAUGUUUUGUGCAGGAAAACUUCGGAAACCCGGAAUCGACUCUUGUUCGGGAGACUCUGGAGGCCCACUGACUUGUGUAAAAAAUGGCUCCUACUACGUAUAUGGCCUUGUGAGCUGGGGAGAAGGAUGUGGGUUAAAAAACAAGCCAGGAGUUUACACCCAGGUGACAAAAUUCACCAGUUGGAUUAAAAAUGCAAUUCAGUCUUCAUCAAGGUCACGUCAUUAGGAGAGAGCUUUGGAAUGACAAAUGAGCUGCAUUUGCCUUCUCUUGAAUUGAAGAAUUUCUGAAGCAUCAGGGUUGACUCCGACUUGCUGAGAUCCUUCUGUCUCCAACUGGUCCUGUAAAAUCACACGCAAAAAAAUUGUGGAACCAGUCAGUAGAUAGGGGAGGGUUUUAACUAUUAUUCUAUAACAAUAUUUUCAUAUUCAAAAUUACACAACUGGCAAAAAAAAAGAAGAAAAUCUAUAUCACUGUUCUGCACUGAGCAAAUUUCUGCUGUGGAGAAGUGCAAAAACUGGACCUGUUCAUGUCAGUUAGAUACCUCACAUACCAAAGAACUAAAGGUGCUCAAGUCCUAGUUUCUAUUUUGAACCCCAAAUAAAAAGCAAACCAUCAAACACCUGAGUUCCACAUGGAUUGCACACCUGAAGGUUUCCCUGGGGUCAUCAGUUCAUUAUCAUUCCUUUGACUUAAGAAGAUAUUGCCUCUGUUACUGCAACCUGUUACUGCCUCUGUUACUCAACCAUAGUUUUCAUUUAUUUCCCAGUAGCUUUCCAGAUGGGAAUGUAAAUCAUGGAUAUGUACUGUUUCUUUUGGUCUGGAUUAUUGUUUGAUUUCUUACCAAAGUUAAAAAUUAAAUGAUAGAAGCAUCUGAA